CUGUCCUUGUCCCUCUUGCAGGCGCCUUAUUUCCAUGUCCGUGCUUCUGUGACGGAGGCUUCGCCUGCAGGAAAUGAGCAACUUGGGUGAAGCUGAAACAGGAACUUGGGUGAGACUCACUUCGCAGCAGAAACGGAGGUCCCAGUAAACAACUACCGUUCCGUGGAAGCAAGGCCCCCAAAGCAAGAUGUGGAAGGCGGUGGUGGGACACAACGUCUCCGUCAAAGUGGAGUCCCAAGGAGACGACUGGGACACCGACCCCGACUUUGUGAACGACAUCUCUGAGAAAGAGCAACGCUGGGGCGCAAAGACCAUCGAAGGCUCCGGCCGCAAGGAGCACAUCGACAUCCAUGCGCUCCGGAGCAAGGUCUCAGAGGAGCACGAAGUCCUCAAGAAGAAGGAGCUGGAGGCGGCGCCCAAAGCGUCCUAUGGCUACGGGGGCAAGUUUGGGACCGAGAAGGACCGCAUGGACAAGAGUGCUUUGGGCCAUGAAUAUGUUGCCGAGGUCGGGAUGCACUCUUCUCAGACGGAUGCCGCCAAGGGUUUCGGAGGAAAGUUCGGGGUGCAGAAGGACCGAGCCGACAAGUCUGCGCUCGGCUUCGACUACAAGGGAGAAGUGGAUAAACAUACCUCCCAAAAGGACUAUGCUGUUGGCUUUGGAGGGAAAUAUGGGGUGCAGAAAGACCGCCAAGACAAGUCUGCAUUGGGUUGGGCCCAUAAGGAAGAAUUGAAGCCCCAUGAGUCCCAGACAGACUAUGCUGUUGGCUUUGGAGGGAAGUAUGGGGUGCAGAAGGACCGCCAGGACAAGUCCGCCUUGGAUUGGGCCCAUAAGGAAGAACUCAAGCCCCAUGAGUCCCAGACAGACUACGCUGUUGGCUUUGGAGGGAAGUAUGGGGUGCAGAAGGAUCGCCAGGACAAAUCCGCCUUGGAUUGGGCCCAUAAGGAAGAACUCAAACCCCACGAGUCCCAGACAGACUACGCCGUUGGCUUUGGAGGGAAGUAUGGGGUGCAGAAGGACCGCCAGGACAAGUCCGCCUUGGGUUGGGCCCAUAAGGAAGAACUGGAGCCCCAUGCGUCCCAGACAGAUUAUGCCAAGGGCUUUGGUGGACGCUACGGAGUUCAGAAGGACAGAGUGGACAAGAGCGCCGCUGGUUUUGGUGAGAUGGAAGCACCCGCUUCAUCCUAUGAAAAGACGAAGCCCACGGAGGCAGCAUCCAGCGGGGCAGGGAGCCUGCGGCAGCGCUUUGAGAACAUGGCGAAGACGGCCGAGGAAGACAACCAGAGAAGGGCCGAGGAAGAGCGAGCACGACGCCAGGCCAAGGAGCACCAGGAGCGCCAGGCGGCCAAAGAGCAACAGAAGAAGGAGGAAAAUGAAGAAAAGCACUUCGAGGCGAUCCAGAGGAACGAAGAACCGAGACAUGAAGACCCAGCCCCAAAACUGCCACCGGGACCUGUGAGAAUUGGCCGAGAGGCCAGCUUGCCCCCUUUGCCUCCGACCCAUCAGGAAACCAUGAGAGAGGAAGACCGCCCUCCUGUCCUGCCACCCCGAAAUCUAGAUGGAGUCCCGCCCCAGCCCCCUUGUGCCCCCCAAGUGCCUACUUACGUGGAGGCCUUGGAGGACUAUGGGGGGGACUACGAGGAGGUGGCCGUCUCCUCCGACCGCCCUGAACCACCGGACUUUGAGGACGAUGCCGGAGGAGACUAUGAGGAGAUGCCGGUCCAUGGGGCGCAUGAAGAAGAGGAGGAAGAAGAAGCCACUUACGACGAGUUGGGCAAAGACGAUGGAGGAGAAGACUAUGAGGAGAUCCCUGACGGACCCAUCAUCCAUGGAGGUGCCUCAGGAACAGAAGGACCGAUCUAUGAAGUGGGAGACGGAGGCUUGUCUGCGGUGGCCCUUUAUGACUACCAAGGAGACGGGGAUGACGAAAUCUCCUUCCUCCCUGGAGAAACCAUCACCGAUAUCGAACAGAUCGACGAGGGCUGGUGGCGCGGGCGCUGCAAUGGCAAGGAGGGCCUCUUUCCAGCUAAUUAUGUGGAGCUGCGCCAAUGAGGGGCCCCACCUGGGCCCCUUCGUCCCCAUUGGCCUACCCCUCUGUCAGAGUUUGGCGGUGCACAGCAGAUGGAUUGCUAGAUCAGCAGACACUGUGUUGUAAAAUAAGGACUCUGCAGGCUUUGAGUUACAAAAGAAACUAAGAUUACUAAGUACAUUCAAUAGACACGUCUUACUACAGCGAGCUACAAUUCAGGCAGGAACUAGUCAAAACGAAAGUCUCUUCACAUCUGCUUAUCUCUUCUUGCUGAGACUAGUUACUCCCUUCUGUUCCCAGCAAAGAGCAAACCUUAUCUUACUUCUCAAGUUCACUUAAUCACAGCCUCAUAGAAUAAACAUUCUGCACAGAAUACACAGUGGAAUCCAUCUUGGAAAUAUAUAGAAGCACAUUUCAAACACAUACAUAACUAAAUGAAUCCUGACACCCUCCGCCCCACAGAUCUCUAUGGGGAGAGCCAAGGAAGACGGUUGCAUCUACACUGUGGAUCGAAUGCGCUUUGGCACUACUUGAACUGCCACGGCUCGGUGUUAUGGGAAACUGGGAGUUGUAGUUUACCAGAUCGUCAGCCAAAGAGUGGCAAGCUAUACAUCUUAGGAUUCCAUAGCAUUCAGCCAUAGCAAAGUCAUGCCAAACUACAUUCAUUCUCCAAUGUAGACACACCUCUAAAUACAUAAGGCAGUGUUUCUCCACUGUCCUAAUGCCGCGACCCCUUAAUCCAGUUCCUCAUGUUGUGUUGACCCCCAACCAGAACAUUGUUUUCGUUGCUUCUUCAUAAAUGUCAUUUUGUUCCUGUU